AUGGCUUCUCCUCAGAACAAAGGCACUAUUCUCGUCACUGGCGCUGGUGGCUAUGUCGGUGGACAGAUCGUCAGGGAGGCCUUAGAGUCCGGGUACAGUGUACGUAUUACGGCACGUACAGAGUCUUCCGCGGCCCGUACUAUCUCGCAUUACCCCUCUUAUGCCUCUUCUCUUUCUUCUACCAUCGUCCCAGACAUGACGGUCCUCGAGUCCUACGCCGCGGCUUUCGCAGACGGAUCUAUCGAGGGCAUCGUCCACUCGGCGUCGCCCCUGAUCUUUAACCCUCAGGACAACGUCCGCGACCUCCUCAACCCUGCUACUAAGGGUGCGACGACUAUCCUCGAAGCCGCCCUGAAGUACGGCGGUGGUAAGGUCCGACGCGUAGUGUCGACCAGCUCGUUUGCCGCCGUCGUAGACCCGGAGAAAGGUACGCGUCCGGGCCACAUUUACGACGAGAAGGACUGGAACCCCGUGACGUGGGACUCGGCGAUCAAAACCCAGAAGGUCAUCGCGUACGUAUCCAGCAAGGCGCUCGCCGAGCGCGCCAUGUGGGCGUGGAUGGAAGCCCACCCGGAUGCCGGAUUCACGCUGGCGACGAUCUGCCCGCCGUGGGUGCUCGGGCCGUACGCACACGAGCUCUCGAGCACGGCGACGAUAAGCGAGUCCGUGGUGCUGCUCAACAACAUCAUCGACAGCCCGUCCAUCCCGCCUUUCGACUUCGGCGGCUACGCCGACUCGCGCGAGGUCGCGGCUGCGCACAUCCGCGCCCUGGAGGUCCCCGAGGCCGCGGGCCAGCGCUUCCUCAUCGGCCAGGACUUCCGGUACCAGGCGGCGGUCGACGCGGCGCGGGAGGCGCUGCCGGAGGCUCGCGAACGCCUGCCGGUUGGGAAGGUGGGCGAUUGGUCGCCGGAGGACGCGUACCGUAUUGAUGGGUCUAAGGCGACUAGGGUGUUGGGGCUGAAGUAUGGAACUUUGAAGGAUACGGUCGUUGAGACUUAUAAGCAGUUGUUCAAGGCUAGGGCGUUAGAGGCUAAGGCGUAG